CAGCAGCAGCAGCAGCGCGCGAAUCUCUUCUUGACCAGCUUCGCAGUCACCGCGCGCCAACAGUGUGACUCCGCGGAGUGCGCGGAGUGUCUCAGAUCGCCGCCAGUGUUGUUCGCCCCAAAUGUUACCCCCUCACACGUGUCUGUGCACCCUUAUCACCAGCCACACACCGCCGCUCCUGACCAUCCACCGCCCGCCUCGCCUUCCUGCCACACUUGCCGAAACAUCCCGCCAGAGGCCAGCGAGUGCAAUUAAAUUUUACUAUCAUAUUGUGUGUGCAGUUCGCCAAAGCUCUCUCGCGGGCACUCCAAUAUCGUGCUCUGCCCAACAUAUCGAAAGUGUUGCAUUUUUUCCUCCCAUCGGCAAUCUCUUUUGCACCGCAAGUGUCUCACUCGCGCAACCUGGGCUCGUUUCACGGCUCAGAAGACAACAACAGCGGCGACAAAAAAACCGUCCACCGUGAAGUGACUUCGAAAAACCAACCAAUUUGAACUACAACAACUUGUGCACGAUUUUAAUUAUCUCUUUCCCACCUCACUCAACUCACCAACCGCCAUGAGCCCAAAACACGCACACGAUCUUUGGAGUAGCAUUUUGAAAUGCCCUGCCAAUAAGAGUGCCAAUAUUUGUUGGAGAAUCGCUUCCUCUAGAGAGAAAAAAAAGCGCCACUCUAUCUAGAGUUUGGCGGUGCUCUAAGCUAGAGAUGCAGGAAAAUCCUCUCCUAAUUGUGCUAUCAAACUCCCAUGAAGACCAAACACACAUUCACUCCUGAGUCAAGGAAAUUUCCAAGUCAUAAUCACAGGGAAUGACUUUCUCGAAUUUUAUCUCUUUUGCAACACUAUCAGGAUAUGUCACACCAUUGUUCACAUACAAGCUCUCUCUCUCGUCUCCGCCCUCAAACUACCCCGCAAACACUCUCGCAGCACCACAAUCACACCAAAGUGACACUAACUCUUUAGUCUCCCACAAUAAAAGUAGAUACACUUCAAUAUUAAGUAGAUUACUUCCAUCGCACUCAAUAUCUGCAGCAAACGAGUGCUCUUCUCACCCCAAGGAAGAUAUUGCAUGAGAGAUUAGGAUCGACGCUCUUCCCAAAACACUAAACUGCAUUUCAAGUGGGUUUUCUUCACCAUAAACACAGCACAGAUCCAUUGUGUGAUCCACACAUAUGCUUUUUUGAGCACUUCGUGCGCGCGUAAUUUCCAUUUAAAUUCUCCUCAGCGAUUAACACAGUUUUUUGGUCUUUCACUCGCUGGGACUCAAAUUACGUGCACUGUGCGCGAAGUGACGAUGGAGGCCAAUUUACCAGUCAAUCACUUGUGAUCGGGCGAACAAUCAAUUUCUUGGUGGAGAAGAAGAGUGAAGAGACGCUCAAUUAGUGUCAUAUUUUCGUGACCUCUUAUCGCUGAGAAUCAUCGCAAUGUGCUUAAGUGUGGGGAUUAAAAUUGAUUUCCUUGAUUGAAUUGACUUCGCACACGAUUUCCAGUAGGGAGACUGACCCAGAUGGCGCCACAAGCGAUCUUCCGCAUAUCAAAUCAAUUCUCAAGAUGGCAAUUCUUGCGUGCGUGUUUUGUCACACCGCGCACACAGAGAGUGUCCCAUUUAGCCAUUUGGCUCUCGUGAAGAGUGGAAAUUUAUUGCAAUGGCAUUGAUGACAGUUGAACAAGGAGAAUAUUUACCGAUGGUGCAGCAUUUGGCAUUCCACGCUUUCCCAACACUGUCUUUCUCUCUCUCCACAUCUCCCCCAUUAUAUUUAUGAUCCCCCUUAAAUACCUUUUCUCACAUUAUUGCCGUCAUCAUGCGACAUCCCGUCCGCAUAAGUUGUUGCUUCCUUUCCUGGGCGAUGGUCAGAAAGUGUGCGCGGAGAUAAAAUUAAUUGCAUAUGAGUAACAGUUGAAUUUACCAUACCCAAAAAGCCCCACAGAGUGUGUGUGAUCUGUCGAAAUAGCAAAAGAAGUCUGCAAAUAAAUGUGCUGCUAUCGCGCUGAGAAGAGACAAUUAAUAUGGAUUUACAUGAAUUUAUCACAACGAAUGUCUCGCGUGUGUGCCAAUGAAUAGCUAUAGAGGAGAAAAUGUAUUGGGAAUUGAGUGUAAUAUCCGGUGGUUAAGUGAAAUCUCUGAUUAAUCCGCGCGGGGUGAGAUGAGUGUGCUGGCAACAAGUCGCAGAUCUCUCAGGAGAUCGCAAUCACUGCCUCACAUUGCAUCUCAGUCAUCACGCAAUGACUCGGGAUUGGGCUUCAGUGGAUCAUGCAGCGAUCUCGAUCACGUUCAUCACCACCAUCAUCAUCACAGCCAAGAACCAAAGAUAGCUUAUGGUGCUCGCCUCGUGACAGACCUGAGGCAAUUAAUGACUCUCCGGCAGCAUUACUACCCCGAAGGUGGCUGGGGUUGGCUCUUGACCAGCAUCGGGCUCACCAUGCAGUGCAUCUCGCACGGCUUGCACACCUCCGCCGGCGUCCUCAUGGUGGAAAUGAUGCGAACCUUCAGCCAAAACAUCUUAAACACAGGAUGGCUGGGAGCUCUCUCGACCGCCGUCGCCCUGGGCAUCUCGCCGAUCACGGUGGCUCUCUGCAAGCGCAAAUCGACACGCCUCACCGCCGUCAUUGGUGGUCUAGUCACAGCUCUUGGAUGCCUCUUCACAUCUUUCGCCUCGCAAUUUCACCAAUUGUUCUUCAGUUAUGCUACGGUUGUCGGAAUUGGCGUGGGAAUGACCAGAGACUGCUCAACACUCAUGGUGGCGCAAUAUUUCAAGCGACGCCGGGAGUUCGUGGAGAUUUUCAUCGUGGCCGGAAGUGGUCUGGGCAUAACAGUCAUGUCAGCCUUCAUAAAGUCCUCCAUAGAUUCAAUUGGAUGGAGACUGGGGCUGCAGGCAGUGACUGGCGUGGUGUUUCUCACAUUCAUCCUGGGCACAUUCUACAGAUCCGCGUCCCUCUAUCACCCCCAGAGACGCGCCAUACUGCAUCUGAAGAAUCAGCGGCGCAAGAUUAAGGACAAGAACAAGCAAGACGAUUCGCCGCCAUUCUUCGACUUCCGCACCCUUCGCAGCAAAACCGUGAGAAUCCUCCUCAUCUCCACUGCCAUCAGUGGCUUCGGCAUCAACACCCCAAUUUACUACCUAGCGCACCAAAUGGAGCAGGACGGCAUCGGGGAUCGCAUUGUGGUGCUGCAGGCGUAUCUCGGGCUCGCCUUCAUGCUCGGCUGCGGCGCCUUCGGCAUGCUGGUGGUCCGGAACAGCGUGGAGUGUCGCAUCGCGCGCCAGUAUCUCUGCCAGACGAGCAUCUUCAUGUGCGGCAUCAGCAUUCUCGCCUUCACGGCCGUGCACGGCAACUAUCACGGCUACGUGAUGUUCGUGUGGAUCUACGGCAUCUUCUGCGGCGGCUAUCACUACUCCCUCAAGAUGUACACGUACGAGAGAGUGCGCGCCCGGAACUUCGCGCGCACCUGGGGCUUCGUGCAGUUCUCCCAGGCGGCGCCCAUCGCCCUCGGCGUGCCGCUCACGGGAUACAUCAGCGAGAGGGCCGGCGCCAAGGAGGGCUACUACUUCAGCUCCCUGUGCGCCCUCCUGGGCUGCCUGGUGCUCUUCUUCGUGGACCUCCAUCGCAGGAAUCUCUCGCGCCACAAGCACACGCGAGCCAACGGAACGCGCCAUCUCUGCACAUCCGACUCCUGUCCGCAGCGGCGGAAGCUGUCCUUCUCCCAGGAGCCCGACCACGAGCCUGGAGUCCUCGUGACCGGAGCCACACUGAUGAUUGGCUCAGAACUCCUCAUUCCUCAGCUCACGGACAAAUUCCUCGAGCCGGCGGCUGAGAAACCCGAGCUCACGUGCAUCUCCGAGGAGGGAAUCGCCGACAUGGACCUCCCGGACAAUCUCCUGGACGACCUCGACUACGUGGGCGACUGCAUCACGUCGUGCAACAAGGUGGAGAACUUCCUGAUGCUCAGUGAAUUCGAGAACAACCUCAACGCCGAGAUUCCCACGCUGCUGGAGAGGAAGCGCCGCCGCGUGUCGAUUUCCAUGAGCAAGAACGCCAAGAUCGCCGAGGCCGACGAGGAGACCACGUCCAACGGCGGCGAGAAGAGGAUUCCGUGCGGAAAGAACUGCAAGCUGGACUGCCCAGAGCUGCCGUCGAACAGCCAUCGGCACCACAAACUCUGGCAUCCGCCCGCGAACGCGAUAACUGUGAUUGAUGAGGCUUCCGUCUGAGCCCCAGGACACACUGCCCCCUCAAAGCAUCUCAAUGUACCUGACCAAUUUCAAUUUUGCACCGCCGGAAGCUCGGCCGGAAGCGCCGCGAGGACAGAACGCAUCCCCAGAGAGAGAUGGUGGGAAGAGAUACAAUAAAUGUAUAGAUCUGUGUAUAAUAAGACUGUAGCCGCAAAUGCAGGAAUAUUUAUCGAAUUUGUGUAGUGAAUAUUUCAAAUAUAGAGCACAGAGUGGAUGGAAUAAA